CUACUACCAUUUGCGAAACUACAUUGUCCAACGUCAGAGAAAAUUAUCAUAAUUUUAUUUAAGUUAAUUUUAUUAGAAAUAUUUCGCCGUCCGCUACUUGCCUAGCAGAUUGAUCGGGGUAGGCCAGUAAUAAUAGAGCGUGACUGUGACACGUGGCCAGACUGUAGUCCAUACAUCGGCAAAUAGUGAAUUUGUGAGGCUCUGGGCUAUUACGGGUCCGCCGUAAUAGACGCAAAAUGAAACCGGCCGGAAACAAGCCACUGGUAAUUCCCGGUUCCGUUCGAUAGACGCGCAUCGCAUUGAAGAUCUCAGGGAUACUUACAUUAUAUAUUUUUUUAAUUCGGACAUAUUUUUUUAAUAAAAAUUUCGCCAAUGUUUUCAGUGGGGACUGGGACCCCUUAUACCAAAAGGGCCCUGGGCUGCAGCCUAAAAAUCUCUAGAACCUACUUAAGCCCCUGAGUUUAUAGCUAAAUCUGUAAACUAUCGAUAUACUAGUUUAGUCAUACCAUAACAGACGUUAAAAUGAGACACGAUUUUAUCCUUAUUCAAACAAGUCGUGCCAAUCCCUAAGUUAGUCGUUAACGUGCAAUUUGUUUCGCAGGCGUUUGCAACGUUCUUUAGUUAUUAGAAUUCUGUAUUUACUUCAAUGGUUUGUCAUGUAACCGCACAGUGUUUGCGACCAACUGUAUUAUGUAACCAGCCAACGCUCUCCCCUUGUGCACCUUCAUUAUUAAUUGAACCAGAAUACAGCGCACUAGGAUGUCUACAGCCAACAAUUACCCCCUAUGGAACGUUAAGCGAAGUGCCACUCUUUCCACUUUUGGCCAAGCCAGAACUGCCGUUAUCGAUGUUGCCAGCUGCGUCUCCAAUAUCGGCUUUGAUAAACCCGUUUUCAUGCAUCUACCCACCAGCCUUGCCUUGUAACUGUGGUAGCUAUUUUCUCAAGAAAAUUCCUAUUCCACCACCAUUUAUAUAAACUUUUAUUAAAUUAACUAUAUUCGAAAA